CCCCCCCUCUCUCUCUCUCUCUCUGCCUUCAUCUUCUCUUCUCUCUUCCCUUCAUCUGCACUCUUUCCCCUCCGUGGUUCAAGUUGUUAUAUAAUCACUCUCAUAAAAUACAUACAUAUAUAUAUAUAUAUAUAUAUUUUAUAUCUCUCCAUAUAAUAUAUGACCUUUUGUUCAUAACCCUGAUCUCUUUCUCUAUUGUAUUGGGAUUAAUAUCUUCAAGAGGAGCUGAGCUGAGCUCUCAUUCCUAUCUUUACUCUUUUUUUCUUUACAAAAAUUCAUCUCUCUCCACUUCUCUCUUGUGUUUGCAAUAAACAAAACCCAAGAAACAGUUUCAUCACUUCCUUUUCAUAAAUAUUUCUUUGUUUAUUUCUUAGUAAUUAUAAUAAUUUUUCCAUCUCUCUGUUUCCUGUUUUCUCCAUCCUUUAAUUUGAUGUGCUGGACAUGGCCGGUCUAGAUUUAGGAACGGCUGCUCGUUUCCUCCACAACCCGCUCCACCGGCCCGAUUUGCACCUCCCCAGACAGUCGGAGCCCGACGAUGAAGACAACCGCUUCUCCAGCGAUGGUACUGGCCAUCAUCAGGGCCUUGAUCUUGGUCCAGCAGGGGCGGCCAACGGCGCCCAGCCAGGGCAUGGAGACCUCGUGGCCCGCCGUCCGAGGGGUCGGCCACCGGGCUCCAAGAACAAGCCAAAGCCGCCUGUGAUUAUCACCAGGGAAAGCGCCAACAGCCUUCGCGCCCACAUCCUCGAGGUCGGCAAUGGGUGCGAUGUGUUUGAGUCGGUGGCCACUUAUGCCCGGCGACGCCAGCGGGGGAUCUGUGUCCUCAGCGGCAGUGGUAUUGUCACCAACGUCAGCCUCAGCCAGCCUGCAGCAGCCGGGCAGACAGUGGUGACCCUCCACGGUCGGUUCGAGAUCCUGUCCCUAACGGGGUCUUUCCUCCCACCGCCCGCCCCGCCCGGGGCCACCAGCCUCACGAUAUUCCUGGCAGGGGGCCAGGGGCAGGUGGUGGGCGGGAACGUGGUCGGGGAGCUCAUCGCCGCAGGCCCUGUGAUCGUGAUCGCCUCAUCCUUCACAAACGUCGCCUACGAGAGGUUACCCUUGGACGAGGAGGACCAACAGUUGCAAAUACAGCCGCCCGCGUCUCAGGCUCCAGGCAGUGGCGGCAGCCCUUUCCCGGAUCCGUCCUCAGGGCUUCCCUUCUUCAACUUGCCACUCAACAACAUGGCGGGGAACAAUGUCCAGUUGCCGGUUGAUGGAUACUCCACCGGUCGUCCUCCUUUCUGAGAAUAAUCAAGUGAUGAUGAACAAAUAAUCUGAAUGAUGACCACUUCGAGUACUUUUGCUGUGACUUGUGCUAUAUAUGUCUCGUGUGGAAAAAUUCCCCUUAGCUUAAAAAGGACCGAUAGCGUACGCGAGGGGAGUUCAUUAACAACAGCUCCAAACGAUGAAAAGGUCAGCGAAUUCAUCGAUAGAUUGUGUUGGAAACAUAUGGUUUAUGUUUGUUAAAUGUUUGUCUCACGUCUCUGUUGAUUUGUUUCAAAUUCUCCUGUUUGAUUAAUUUCCCUUACCACAUCCAACUUCCUCUAUAUGUCUGUAGCCUUCUUGGGGUUCUUUUUGUGAUCAAUAGCAGCCAGUGUAGUCUCUUCUCUUCU